AUGGGGAAGAAGACAAAAGUAGGAAAACAGCGAAAAGAUAAAUACUAUCAGCUUGCAAAAGAGACAGGGUAUCGUUCCCGAGCUGCGUUUAAGCUCAUUCAGUUAAAUAGAAAAUUUGGAUUUCUUCAAAAGUCGAGAGUAUGCAUCGACUUGUGUGCAGCGCCCGGUGGUUGGAUGCAGGUGGCACAUCAGAAUAUGCCUGUUUCCAGUGUAGUUAUAGGUGUAGAUUUAUUUCCUAUAAAGCAAGUUCCUGGUUGUAUAAGCCUUACCGAAGAUAUUACAACAGAAAAAUGUAAAACAGCCAUAAAGAAGGAAAUAAAAACCUGGAAAGCUGAUGUUGUGUUACAUGAUGGUGCACCAAAUGUUGGUCUAAACUGGAUUCAUGAUGCAUAUCAACAAGCAUCACUUACAUUGAGUGCUAUGAAACUAGCAUCUCAUUUUUUGAGAGAAGGUGGUUGGUUUGUUACAAAGGUAUUUAGAUCAAAAGAUUAUCAUGCUCUAUUGUGGGUAUUAAAGCAGUUCUUUAAAAAAGUUCAUGCUACAAAGCCACAAGCUUCUCGUAAUGAAUCAUCUGAAAUUUUCGUUGUAUGUCAAGGAUAUAUUGCUCCUGACAGUAUAGAUCCUAAAUUACUAGAUCCAAAGUAUGUCUUUGAAGAUUUAGAAAUAGUAAAAAAACAACGUAACAAUAUCUUACAUCCUGAGAAACAGAAGAAGGCUAAGGCUGAAGGAUACAAGGAAAAUGAUUAUACUACUUAUCAAGGUAUUUCUGUAUCGGAACUACUGGUAAAAGAUGAUCCAAUUGACUUGCUUCAGGGAUGUUCUCAGAUUAUAUUAGAUGACAAGGAUGUAGUAGAUCAUCCACGGACUACAAGUGAAAUAAAAGAAUGUUGCAAAGAUAUUAAAGUCCUUGGAAGAAAAGAUGUCAAAGCAAUAUUGAGUUGGUUAAAACAUAUUAAAGACUGGAAAGCUUCGCAAAACCCCUCUGUUGUACCAUCUGUGACAGAAGAUGAAGAAAUACCUAGCAAAGAGGGUUCUGAUGAUGAAAAUGAUGUGGUGGAUACUGAAAUAGCUGAACUACAGGAUGAAGAAAGAAGGCAACUAAGACGGAAAAGAAAACAGUUAAACAAGCAACGACAAAAAUUGGCUGAAAAAAUGAAUCUUAAAAUGGUGUUAAAAGGUGAUGAUGGGCCCAUCUUGGAGAGUCAUGACAUGUUUACUUUGGCUGACAUUAAGGAUAAUGAGCAAUUAAAAAUGAUAGUGGACCAAGCACCGGACAUUGUAGUAGAUGGAGAUGGGGAAUCAGAUGAUGAGUUAAAAUCAAAACCUAAAUAUAUGAAGUAUGAUGUGGAAGAAUCAAAGCUAGAUUCAUCUGGACUUUACUAUAAGGACUCGGAUAGUGAGCUAGAAAUGGAAUCUGAUUUAGAAAGUGACAACGAAAAGGAGUCCUUAGCAUUCUCUGAUUCAGAAAAUGAGUCAAAGAAAAUUGAUAAAAUAACAAAAUUAAAUACAUUAAGAAAUGCUAAGAUUAAAUCAACACCUUCAAUCCCGAAGAAUAAUCCAUUACUGACAGACUUGGAUAAUACUGACCCAGUGUCUAAGAGGUCGAUGAAAGCUGAUCUUUGGUUCCAGAAAGAUAGUUUUAAGGAUAUUGAUGAGGAAGAAGAUGAAGGUGUUGACUUAGAUAAGUUAGCUGAAAGUUAUCGGGAAAAAGGUAAGAAAGUCAAGAGUGACACUGAGCAAGGAUCAAAUACAAAAGCUGGUACAAAAAGGAAACAAAGUAACGAUGAAACAUCUGAUGAUGAAUCUUCCGACAGUGAUUACGACGUGGAAGAGAACGUGCCAGCGCCUGCGACUAAGUCGGGAGCAAAAGCUAGUAAAAAAGAUGACUUCGAAGUUGUUUCUCAAGAACCUGAAUUAAAAAGGCUCAAGAAAAAUUUAAAAAUGGAUGCAGAGACUCUUGCCUUAGGCACAAUGCUGGCUACGUCUAAAAAAUUCAAACGUGAUCUAUUGGAUGACGGCUGGAAUCGAUACGCGUUUAACGACAAAAAUUUACCAGAUUGGUUUGUUGAAGAUGAAAAGAAACAUAUGAAAAAAGAAAUUGCAGUACCUGAGAAAUACACUGAAGAAUAUAAGAAUCGAUUACAAGAUAUUAACUCGAGGCCGAUAAAGAAAGUAAUUGAAGCCAAGGCUAGAAAGAAGAAGCGCAUGAUUAAAAAGAUGGAGCGCGCUAAGAAGAAGGUCGAAGCCGUGAUGGAAAACGCGGAUAUGUCUGAACGGGAGAAAGCUCAACAAGUAAGGCAUCUUUAUAAGAAAGCCCAAUCGGACGGCAAAAAGAAACUAACAUACGUAGUCGCGAAAAAACAUACAACAGCUAAAAAAAUGAAACGACCCGCUGGCGUGAAGGGACACUACAAGGUGGUUGAUCCGCGAAUGAAGAAGGAUUUGCGCGCGCAAAAGGCUAAAGAAAAAACUAAAGGCCGCGGCAAGAAAGCGAAGACGAACGCAAGGUCUAAGCAAAAAGGAAAAAAAGCUAAA